AUGGUCAAAGCACAGGAGCUUCACCUCAAUACAGCUUGCUCCUCGACAGAAUUCAACCUCACAAAGUAUAUCCCGGAUGAACUUUUUGAUGAGCUAUCGCCCGACCUGAAAAAAAUUGUGAAAAGCUUGGAUUACCAAGACAUGUUGGCUUUUUUGAAGCUACAUGUCAAGAAAGGGCCAAUGCUCCCUGAGCAGGCAUUUAACGCUCUCAAAGCAAUUAACGUGGAUACCUACGAAAAGGUGAAGCAGCUUUUGGAGGCCCUCGCAAAGCGCUUCGUCAAGUUGACCCCCGACGCCCAGGAGAUGUUCCGGAAACGGUACACCAGCUUCAUCUUUGCGUUCAACGACCUGACCGAGGAGGGCAGAAAAUCGAUCAAGGACCAAUUUCCCAUCGUCUACAAGCUGGCUACAGAUUUUGAUUUCUUUUCCAACAUAAGCCCGAAAAUUGAAGAAAACGUCAAGACCUUGAUUCGUCAUGACUUUCGCGAGAAAGUGGUCGCCCUCGGAGCAGCCGGCCAAAAUGAA